GUUGUUUUCUUUACUGUCAGUAACACCAGACACCUAAUGUGUUGUCAUGCACAAAGAUUGUAAACAUUUUGGGUUGUGUGUACUGUAUACAUGAUGAAGCCGUGACUUUGUGAACAAUGUGCACCAGUUUACAAAAUUUAAUUCAAUAAGAAUAGGUUUAACUCAGAACGGAUUCGUUCCUUUGACGGUUUUCACGUUUAACGACGACUAUCAAACAUAUUGACUGACAUGUCUCUGUACAAAAUACGAGUGGCUGGCCUCGAAGACAUUUUGCAGCAGGAUGAAAUAGACUUAAAAGAGCUAAGAAACUUUUGCUUUUACGGCAUUCCGGAUUGUAGCGGGCUACGGUCGACAUGUUGGAAGCUUUUGCUUGGUUAUUUGGGCCCGAAGAGAGACACUUGGUCUGCAACGUUGGCUAAAAAGAGGGAGCUUUACAAGCAGUUUAUUGAGGAAAUGGUCAUUCCGCCGGGAGAGCAGAACGGUGCCGCUUGUGUUGACCAUCCGCUGAGUGAUGGACCGGAGAGCAACUGGAACACAUUCUUCAAAGACAACGAAGUGCUUCUGCAAAUCGAUAAGGAUGUUCGGCGCCUUUGUCCGGAUAUUUCGUUCUUUCAGCAAGCUACCGAAUUCCCAUGCGAAUCUGUCGUGAGUCACAAUCGGGAACGGAAGUUGCACGUACGGGUGGCUCCUUCAACACUAAGCUCUGCAAAUGUGGAACGGAAGGGCUUGGGAAUGACCAAGCAAAUAAAUCUCAUAACAAAGCGAGCCAUCGAAAACUAUCAAGCGAUGGACGCAGGCCAAGAAGCUCACUGGGAGGUCGUAGAACGGAUACUGUUCCUGUACGCAAAGCUGAACCCCGGUCAGGGUUAUGUCCAGGGCAUGAACGAAAUAAUCGGACCAAUUUACUACGUGCUCGCGUCCGAUCCGAACGUCGAGUAUCGCCAGUACGCAGAAGCCGACUGUUUCUUUUGCUUUACGGCGCUAAUGGGAGAAAUUAGGGACUUUUUCAUCAAAACUCUGGACGAAUCCGAGGGCGGUAUCAAAUUUAUGAUGGCCAGGUUGUCGAACAUGCUGAAGGAUAAGGACCCGGAAGUGUGGAAUCGGCUCAGGGACCAGGAACUAUACCCACAGUACUACAGCUUCCGGUGGCUGACACUGUUACUGUCGCAGGAAUUUCCACUGCCAGAUGUACUGCGAAUCUGGGAUUCGGUUUUUGCCGACGAAAAGAGAUACGACUUUUUGGUGAAAGUCUGCUGCGCUAUGAUAAUCUUACUCCGGGAACAAAUACUAGAUAAUGACUUUGCUUGCAACGUGAAACUUUUGCAGAACUUCCCUCCAAUGGAUAUCAAAGUUGUACUAAGGAAAGCAACGAGCCUUGACUAGAGUUUUUUUAAGCAAAAAUACUGUGUGUACUAUCUUUCUCAGCAUCACAAAAAUGCAUUUUAGAGCACGAAGAGCAAAUCUUGUUUUUAUUCAGUUUAUCGAUAGCCAGAUCAGCGAAAAUUGUAUAUCAUGAAUGCAUGAUCAUAGUUUAAGGAAUACUUUUUUUCUGAAUAUAUUCGCAUUUUAUAUUUCCCUAA